GUCUUCAGAUAUACAACAAAAAGCAGUUAGGAGCUGUUGUGAAGUGUCACUAUGACUCACCUCGGGAACCUGCACUAACUACCAAAAGCUGGGAUUUCACAGCUGGAAGCAGUGAGAAAGACUUUCCAAAUGAUGGCAGAUCAUGGAGACCUCUGUGAUGGGCAGGAUGUGGCCUAUUGCAUGAAUGGAGGGACGUGCUAUAAAAUACCUGCCAUGAAUACACUCUCCUGUGUGUGCAAUGAAAAUUACAAAGGCAGCCGAUGUGAGCAGUUCCAGCUCUUCACCAGUUCCACCGAUGCAGGGCAGGCAGGGUUAAUUGCAGCCGUGGUCAUUGUUGCCCUGUUCAUCUUAGUGGUGCUGGCGGUUGUUAUCUACUACAUAUACAAGAUGCUGAAAGUCAGGCAACAGAGCCAACAGAACAAUCAGCAACCAUAUUGGAGAGUAAAACCAAGAGUAUGACCUUUCUCCUGAUGUAAACUUGUUUUUCUUUUGGCUGUGUGCGGAGUGGGACGAUGAAAGAAUUCUCAGAGAUGAGUGUCACUUGUGUUGUUGGAUGUGGCACUGUUUUGGGUGUGACUACGAACAACCUAUAGACAGAGAGGAAAACUGUUGUAUUGACCUUUCAGGGGAACUAAUGUAUUUUCAACCUGGGCUGUAUUUUCCCAUGUUUUUGUGUCUAAGUGACUAAUGGAGACAACAUUUUUUAAAUAUGGGCUAGUAUUGAGAGAGACCGCUGCAAAAGAGGCUGCAAUGUCAAUUUUUGUCCACUAAAUGUGUUUGUUUUUGCCACUGACAGGCUCAGAUUGUUAUCAAAAGUGUCUGGCAACUUAAAGCAAAGGACCCUGUGGAAAAAAGGAAAUAUUUUUCCUUACUUUUUGCUGGUAGCACUCUGAAAUCUCGCGAGAGGUGACUUGAUGCAGGAAAAACAAAAGUGGAGGGUCAGUGAAAGUUGUAGAGAGGAGUGCCAGGAAGAGUUUGUUGUGUUGGAGAACAGAAAGUGUUGCUUAGUGUUAUCCAACAAAACAAAAGUGGAGGGUUAGUGAAAGUUGUAGAGAGGAGUGCCAGGAAGAGUUUGUUGUGUUGGAGAACAGAAAGUGUUGCUUAGUGUUAUCUAAAAUAUUUUCAGUAUCAUGGCUGAAUAUUAAGCGGAUUUUGACAAUGUGGAAAAAGUGAGAUUUCUCCUUGGUUACAUGCAGUUCGUACUUAGGAAACCUUUCCAUUUUUCUGUAGGGUAUUUCCAUAAUGUUGUCAGACACUUAAAAUAACAAUCUAAACCUGUCUGCGCGUUGAAUGGGAUUACAAUGCAGCCUCUUAAGGCUGGAACUUCCUGUCUCAAUAGUGGGCCAAUUCCAAAAAUUGUUGUCUCCAUUCGUCACACUCAGACACAAAAACAAAGGGAACCAGGUUGAGAAUACCAAAGUUUCCCUUUAACUAAAGCCAAAGCAGGUGAACAGCUGAUUAAUCGUCUCAUGAAAUUUCUGGAGUCCGUGCUAUUUGCUACAGAAAGGUGUAAUUCAUUUACACACACAGACACACACAGACACACACAGACACAGACACAGACACACACACACACACACACACACACACACACACACACAGGGUGUGAAACAAGUGUGAGUGGGUGAGAAUUGAAUCACACCUUGCACUGUAGCCUUUUUACCACAGCUAUGAAGUUGGCACUGGUGUUACUCGUGUUAAAUCACAUUUCAAUCUAUGUGCUUUGCCUGAAAUGUAUUUACAAAGCAUCGUUGGACUAUGUUAAAAAUAUUAUUUUAAAUAUUAUUAUAAACAUGGAACUUGAAUGAUGGAAUUAUAAUAUGAUCCCUUGUAUCAAUGUUAUGCUCAGUAUGCUAUUGGUAAAUAUUUUUGCAAUUGUGUGAAUAUAUGCAAUGAUCUCAACUGAA